AUGGCAGCUUCUGCACCCCCACAACAAGCAUUACCACCCGAUGAGACGCUGAAAAACAUGUUUCGUUUAAUGUAUGAAGCAGCCUCAGUACACAAGGAUCUGAUGGAAAAAAAAGAGCAACACAGGACAAUGCAAAGCCUUCGAGAGCAGUUGGACAAGACUCGAGGGACAUCGGGUCCUGAUUCCGAUCGUGUUGUCCAACGAGUGGAACAGUUGAAGACAGCUAUUAACAUACUUCAGCACAAGUUACAAGAGCAAGAAAAGGAGGGAAUGAAAUACCUUCACAACGCACUAUCUGAAAGAUUGGCACCAGCAAAGGAAGAGAUUCGACGAAGACGUGAGGAACAAGAACGACGUAUGCAAGAAAAGCUGAGUGAAGUGGCGCAUACGAGUGAUACGUUGAUCAAAGGGAUGAAAGCCGAAUUGGUGGCAUUGAGGGCAACAUCAUUAUCAGUGGAUGAGGGGCACAAGUACGUGAAUCAGGCUGUGGAGACGGCAAAAUCCAGCAUACAAGAGAAGCACGGCCAUGACUUGAAUGAGUUACGCUCUCAAUGCAAGAAAGCCUAUCGUGAGAUGAAUGCCGAGAUUCGCCUAUUCAAGACGGAUCAAUUUAAAGAGGUGGCGGAUGUUGCAUGGACCACUUCAGCUCCCAAAUUGGCUGCCAAGAUACGUGAACAAUUGGUCCCUGAAAUCUCUUCCAAGAUACAGAAUCAAGUCAAAGAGACGGUGGAUGCAUCUACACCGGAGCUACAAGCCAAGCUUUCAGAGUUAGUGCAAUCCCAAGUACGAUCGCAUUUGGAGAAUCCCAAAGCCUAUGACAAUUUGCUCAAGGAAUCGGAGGAAUUCAAAACGUUACAUACACGCGUGCAGGCUGUGGAUAAGCUGCUCAAAGAGAUGGAACCUGCUAUGAAGGGAUUGGAACGUAUAGAAUCCAAGGUGAAGGAAUUCGAAUCAAAAUUGGAUCAGUUGACUCAAAUGGCCGAUGCUUUGAUGCAACAUCGUGGUGGCAGUAUCGAGGACUCUGAAUUACUAAAGACGCUCAGUCGUCGUAUGGAUGAAAUGCGUACCGAACUUAGCGGCACCGUUGAUCAGCUCAAAACAUCCGAGAACAUGGUGCACAUGCGUUAUCGUGAAAUUGAACAGUAUUUAUCACCUCCAAACGACACGAGCGAACCAGCCAAAAAACGACAACGUGUUUCAGAAUCAGGAUCAUCAUCAUCAGCAGCAGCAGAAGGAGGAGGAGAAGAAGAAGGAGGAGGAGAAGAAGAAGGAGGAGGAGGAGGAGGAGGAGGAGGAGAGGGCACCAUGUCAUCCACCAUCGAUGAUCUCAUGUCAAAGUUUCAGAUAUUGGAGCGAAAACAUACGCACAUGGUCGAGUACAUUGAACAAUUUCGAACAACCACUUUACAUCCUGAAUUUCCUAAUCGUCUUCAAGAAGUGGUCGCCAAUUUAUUCAGCAAUCAGCAAAAUCAUGAAGGAUUUUUGGCCCAUCUUGUGGAUCCCAUUGCUGCAUCGAGUGGUCAGCAAGUCAACUUGAGUGUUGCUCCAGAGGGUACUCCUUCACCAGAUACACCUGUCAUGUCACCUGCCAUGAUACAAGCAAUUCAACAACUCGUACAAAAGAAAGUGGAUGAACAAGUAUCAAAACAUGUAUCACGGCUCAAUGAAUUGGAAAAGCAAUUACGACAAGGCAGUAGCAGUAGCAGCAGCAGCACCCAAUAA